AUGUAUGUUAAGAUCGAGACGUCAAGAUUAGAUUAUUUCUGUAGCAAACAACAACAUAUUCGAUCUGAGUUAUAUCAAGGUAUUGUUGAUACCAUUACACUUGGGGAAACUGAUGCUUCUAAUGUUGGAAAAUGGAUUAUUCUGCCUUCGUCAUUUAUUAGGGGUCCAAGAGAUAUGCGAAAAAGAUAUAUGGAAGCAAUGGCUUUAGUUCAGCGUUAUGGUAAACCAGACAUUUUUUUAACAAUGACGUGCAAUCCAAACUGGCAAGAAAUUUCAAAUGAAUUACGCCUGCAUGAGGAGAGUCAAAAUCGGCCUGAUUUGGUUGCUCAGGUCUUUCGUGCAAAAUUAGAAGAAUUAAAGGAUCGAUUAUUCAAACAGCAGAUAUUUGGAAAAGUCUCGGCAUAUGUUUAUGUUAUUGAGCACCAAAAAAGAGGGCUUCCACAUGCGCAUUUUUUAAUUAUAUUACAGAGGAAUUGGAAACUUUAUGCGCCUGAAUCUUUUGAUGAGAUUUUAUCGGCAGAAAUACCUGAUAAAAAUACAAAUUUGCACUUGCAUAAUGCUGUUAUCAAACAUAUGAUGCAUGGACCAUGUGGAGUGUUGAAUCCAACAAAUGUUUGCAUGAAAAAAAAUGGUUGUUGCAAAAGCCAAUAUCCAAAAAGUUAUGUAUCAGGUACGACUGUUGGAAAUGAUUGCUUCCCAAUAUAUAAGCAUUCUGACAAUGGAAUAACUGUCAAACUGAGAGGCCAUAAUUUGGAUAACCGUUGGGUCGUUCCAUAUAAUCCAUAUUUGCUUGCAACAUUUGACUGUCACAUUAAUGUGGAGAUUUGUUCUACGAUAAAAGCAGUCAAAUAUCUUUAUAAGUACGUUUACAAAGGGCAUGAUCGUGUUGCUUUCAAUUUGGUUUCCGAACAAACCAAUCAACAAAUUGACGAAAUCCAACAAUUCCAAUCGGCCCGAUGGAUUGCUCCACCUGAAGCUAUGUGGAGAAUAUACGGCUUCAUUGUUAAUGAAAUGUACCCAUCAGUAUAUAGCUUACAUUUAUAUCUUGAGGAUAAACACCAAGUAACUUUUCGAGCAAAUGAAGACUUAAUCAAUGUUCUCAACUCUGAUCGAUCUGCAAAAUCAAUGUUAACAGAAUUCUUUGCAUUAAACCAAGUAGAUGAAAAUGCCAGGACAUUGUUAUACAAAGAAUUUCUAGAAUUUUAUGUUUGGAGCCAACAAUACAAAGAGUGGACUCGUCGGAAAAAAAAAACUGUUAUAGGUCGAAUUGUUACAGCAAAUCCAUUUGAAGGUAAAAGGUAUUAUCUGCGGAUAUUGCUAAAUCAUGUAAGAGGACCUUGGUCGUUUGAAGAUCUUAGGACAGUUGAUGGUGUCGUGGCUCCAACAUUUCGUGAGGCAGCAACUAUGCAUGGUUUGCUACAAAGAGACAGUAGCUUACAGGAUUGUUUACAUGAAGCAUCUCUAUAUCAAAUGCCGUCCAAUUUGAGACGACUAUUUGCAACUAUUUUGGUUUAUUGUAAUCCAACCAAUCCGAGAGAGCUUUGGGAACGUUUUGAGCAAGAUAUGUCAGUUGAUUUUAGGUCGACUGAAGAUUCUAUGUCGGAUGUAAGAAUGCAAGUUUUGCGCUCAAUCUCUUUUACACUUGAAUCAAUGGGGAAAGACAUUAAUUCGUUCCAUCUUCUUGACAACAUUUGUUUUGAUGAAGACCAACUCGAAUUUAGGGAAAUCGAUGAUGAAUUGGUUGUUGAAAUUCCAGAAGAAGAUAUUGUUACAUCAGAAGCCCUUAAUAGUAAACAACGACAUGUCUAUAAUUCAGUUUUGGGAAAGGUUUUUUCUAAUGAAGCUGCUACAUUCUUUGUCAACGGCCCUGCUGGGACGGGGAAGACAUUCCUGUACAAGGCACUUCUUGCCGCAGUAAGAUCAAGAAAAUUAGUUGCACUUGCAACUGCUUCAUCUGGUGUUGCUGCAUCCAUCCUUCCUGGAGGUCGAACAACACACUUGCGCUUUAAGAUUCCACUAGAUACUGAUGAACAUAGCAUAUGUUGUGUCAGUAAACAAACUGCCAUCGCAAAGUUACUACGUGUGGCAAGGUUAAUUAUAUGGGAUGAGGCCCCUAUGUCAAGAAAACAAAAUAUUCAAGCAUUAGAUAAAACGCUACGAGACAUUAAUGAUUCAGAGUUAACAUUCGGUGGAAAAGUUGUCGUUUUUUGUGGAAAUUUUCGCCAGGUUUUACCUGUGGUUCGUAAAGGAACAAGACAAGAACAUGUUGACGCCAGUUUGUUUCUUCUUACUUGUGGCCUAAAUUGA